UCAGAAUCUGGAGGUUUUUCUAUUCCACUCAUCAUCAGUGGGACCAAAAGGGUCUCCAAGCCAAAGGAAAAAUCUUGUAUCAAAUUCUUUUAUAUGAAAUAUUUACAUAUAUAAAAGAAAUGUGGUGGAGCUUGAAUGAAGUUUCUCCUCUGAUUCUCUUGAUAGCCUAUUUAAUAUCAUGUCAGGAUACAGUUACAGCACAUAGUAAGGUAACAGGAUUGCCUUCCCAGAGAAGAGCCAGCAGAGAUAUAAAUACUCCGGCUCCUGUGAACUGUCGGCUAAGCCCGUGGUCAGAAUGGACUGGUUGCUUUCCUUGCCAAGAGAAAAAAUACAGAUACAGAACUUUGCUACAGCCUGCCAAGUUUAAGGGGAGUAAAUGCAUUGGCCAUCUUUGGGACGAAGCAGCAUGCCAACCUACAGAAACAUGUACAGCCAGUCAACAGUGUGGCAAUGAUUUUCAGUGUCAGGAGACAGGUCGCUGCAUUAAACGCCACCUGCUAUGUAAUGGAGAGCCAGACUGUAGAGAUGGGUCUGAUGAAGAUAACUGUGAGGAUGAAGAUAUUGAAAGCCUCUGUAAAAAUCUACAGCCAAUUCCUGGAUCAGAGAAAGCAGUCCAAGGAUACAAUGUUCUGACACAAGAAGAAAAGCAAUUUAUAUAUGAUCCUAAGUAUUAUGGAGGCCAGUGUGAGUAUGUUUACAAUGGAGAAUGGCGGGAACUGAAGUAUGACGCUGCAUGUGAACAUUUGUACUAUGGGGACGAUGAGAAAUAUUUUAGAAAACCCUACAAUUUUCAUGUAUAUCAAUUUCUAGCUCAUGCUGAUUCUGGAUUCUCCUCUGAGUUUUACGAAGAUGUGAAGGAUUUAAUUGAUGCCAUAAAAAGAGAUAAUUCCAGACAGUAUGGCUUUACCUUUGGAAUAGGCUUUGCUGAUUUUCCUAUUCACCUUCAGCUGGGUUUCAGUUUAUCAUAUGGGAAAGGAUCCCUGAAGAAUUUCACAGAAUAUGAUGAGAAGAAUAUAGGAUUCAUUAGAGGCAUAACAAAGGUACAGACAGCUCGUUUCAAAAUGCGACGGGAGAACCUUGUUCUGGAUGAAGACAUGCUUCAGUCUCUCAUGGAGCUCCCAGAAAGCUACCAGUAUGGAAUGUAUGCCAAAUUCAUUAAUGACUACGGAACCCACUUCAUGACGUCUGGGACUAUGGGAGGCAUCUUUGAAUAUAUCCUUGUCGUUAACAAAAAUGAAAUGAGUAGAAAAGCCAUUACAUCUGAAACAGUAAGUUCCUGUUUUGGACUAUCAGCAGGCCUCAUAUUCCAAAAGGAAGGAGUAGAUAUAUCAGCAGGACUAGCAUAUGAAAAGUGUAAGGCGGAAGGAUUCCUGAAGACUGAUGAAAAAUCCAAUAGUGCGUUAGUGGAAGAUAUUAUUCCUCGGAUCCAAGGGGGAGAUGUCAGUUCAAGUGGAGGGCUUAUGAACAUUUGGAAUGCCAAUCUGUAUCGUCGCUGGGGAAGGUCAUUGAAAUAUAAUCCUGCUGUUAUUGAUUUUGAGCUGCAGCCCAUCCACGAAAUCCUCCGCCGCAGCAACCUGGGGGCUAUUGAAACAAAAAGGCAAAACCUGAAAAGGGCUUUGGACGAAUACUUAGCAGAGUUCAGCGCCUGCCGCUGUGGCCCUUGUCAGAACAACGCGGAGCCCAUGCUUCUCGGGAAUGCCUGCGUGUGUCAGUGUACACAGGGGUUUGAGGGCCCGGCCUGUGAGAAGACCAGACGCCAAGGCACUAAGACACACGGUAGCUGGAGCUGCUGGUCACCCUGGACCCCCUGCCAGUCUGGAACAAAGAGACGAACAAGACAGUGUAAUAACCCAGCCCCGCAAAAUGGUGGCACUUUGUGUGCUGGAAAGUGUGUGCAGACAGAGACAUGCUAAAGGCUGGUUAGUUCUGGGAUAAGUUAUGACACCGAUUAAUGGGAAUAUAUGGUAGAUAGCCUUUUGCAUAGUAGGCUGUAACUACCACUGGCAUAACUCAGGUGAAGUCAAUAGAAUUACACUAGUGAUAAAUCUGGCCUAUAAUUUUAUAUUCCUAGGAAGACUGAAUGGAGACACCAGAUGAAGUCAGAACACUGCCCAAUAAAUUCUGCAGGUUACGUUUUUUGCAUACACUCUCACUCAGAUUGGGAAGCUUGUUACCUUCAAUUUGUGAUGACACAGGCUGCAAGGCAGUGGAGAAUCACAGCUAAUGCUUUUUACUGAACAACAAUAGGCUUAUAAAAAGGGAUUUACAUGGGAAGCUUCACUACUGAAAUGUUUGUAUUUGCCUUUGGAAGACAAAUUAAAAGCUCAUGAUCCUUGCAUU